AUGGCGACAUGCAAUGAUGACGUUCCAGUAACAGAAUGGUCACGGGACUCUUCCUCCUGUCUCAGUGCUACAGAGUGGCCACUGAGACGUUAUGGCCGAUUCAUGUCUGGAGCACUGAACACUGCCUCAGGCUCCUGGAAGGUUUUGGAGUCAAAUGAAGAAUCUGGUUUUCUUGUUCUCACUGUAGUUAUUUCAGGCCACUUCUUCAUUUCAAAAGGAAAAGAAGUACUGGAAGGUUUUUCAUUAAUUGAUGCUUCUCAGUGGUUGAAGAUAGUAAGAAAAUCAGAUUGUAUACUGUUUGGUUCAAAGAUAAAGAACAAACACCGUAUGUUUCGUGUACAAUUUGCGGGAGAUUCCAAAACACAGUCAGAGGAACGCUGCUCUGAAUGUGUGCAAAAACUUGCUGAGUAUAUGCCCAUUCAAAUAAUGGAUGCAGCAAGACAGGAACUACAACAAAGUCACAAGCAGCAGCUUGAAGAUGAAAGUCAAGUGAGAGAUGCUGAACAAAAUCUGCCAGUGCAACACACUGUUUCUCCAGCUCAAGGAAGAGUAACUGCAGCAGAACUAGCACAGGAUUUACUGGCAUCAAAUUUUGCACUUCCUCUUGCCUAUCAACAAUCUGUGUGGAGUGCUGAAGAUUUAGGCAAUUUUAUUCGUGUGUGUCUCUUGGAUCAGAGUUUCCCAGCAUUUGUAGAAGAAGUAGAAAAACAGCUGAAAAAAAUUACAGAGGGUUAA